AUGGGAGCCGAACAUAGCACCGCCUUCGGGGAAUACCCCGUGGAGCCAGCGGUCGCGCCCGAGCCCGAGCCCAAGCCGAUCCUCAACCCGUACGAAGAGCACAUCCAGCAGCUCGAGCGUGAGCUGGAGAAGUACAAGGCCAAGGAGAAGCAGGCCACGGCGAAGCUCGCGAAGGAGACGCUCAAGUGGACCAAAGAGAUUGAGGCGCUCAAGCGCCAGCACCAGGCUGAGCUCGAGCUCUACGCCUCAGAGGCCAAGGACGCCCGGCGCUUGAGUGACGCGGCGGCGACCGUCGACACCAGCGCCCAACGCCUUGCCGACGAGCGCGCGAUGCACCUCAUGAAGCAGCGACUCAACUCGGUCAUGGAAGUCGACGACGCCACCUUCGAGCACAUCUCGGGUCCUCUUGGCUUCGACCAGCGCGACUUCCCAUUCGCGUUGCUCAAGCCUGGCCGGCUCCCAGACGGCACGCUCGUGCUGCGCAUCCAACUCGAGGAGAGCUUCAAAGGCAACCAAGAAGUUGUCCUGCGCUUCAAGAAGACCCUAGCCAUCAUGCAAGCGCUCAAUGGCGGCGACGGGACGCUCCUCCGGCUCAUCGGCGCCAGCAACCUCGACUCGGACGACCCGAUCGCGUACGUCGAGUACGUCACGGGCAUGACCCUCAGCGCGUACCUCAUGGGCAAGCAAGACGCGACGUGGCCCGAGAAGCUCUGGAUCGCGUCUCAAAUCGGCAAGGCCAUCGUCCAUAUUCACAACCUCGCCGUCAUGCACCGCGACGUCUCGUGGUCCCGCGUUUUCGUCGAUGCGACGGCCAACGUCAAGGUCUUCACUGGGCUCAAGAUGCGCCAGGUCGAGCCCACGGAAAACAACCAUUUCACCUCUGGUAUCUCGGAAGCUCGGUGGGGCGCACCCGAGACACUGCCGGAGCCUCAAGGCGGUGAGAACGGCGAGCCGGACAGCAACGACACGACGUACACGGACAAGAUCGACAUCUUCGGCCUCGGUCUCAUCCUCAUCUCGCUCGUGACGCACGACGUCCCGUUCAGCUACGUGCUGAAGACCUCUGGGCGGCGGACUCCCAUCGAUGACAACCUCGUCACUGCCUGGCUGAAGAAGCGCGAGACGGCAAUCCCGAUGCUAACGCAGUCGUUCGACGAUGACUACGCAUGUCCGUCCGAGGA